UUCAUUUGUAGGGAGGAACAUCCAGUCAAUCGUCAUUUGUCCAAAUGCCAGGGUCUCACAUGAUCCCUGGCUACUACAGCAUGAGGCGACCCUUCAUCUCUGACUCGGACUUCUCCCCCAAGCAGUUUUCAGCCGAUGUCUACUCCUCAUCCCUUGGGGGCAAGCCUCUGGGUUGUGAUUCAUCGGCCAUGUCGGGAUACUCCUCCUUCAAAGACAGCUACUACCAGGAAACGUUCGGAGACUACCGCAGUUCAGCCUUCACCACCGGAGGGAGCUCCAUCUUCCCCAGCUCCGCCCUGUCCGGUCUGCUACCAUCUUUCUCCGGAGAGUCCCCCCACUUCCUCCUGAGAGAUUCAUGGGAGCAGUCAGUGGCAGACCCAGUGACCCAGGGAGAGGGCUUGUGUGCAGACGGCCUGACCUCUGUUCCAGUCUCCCUGCCCAGCCCCGACCCUCCUGGGAGCCCCGCACAGUACCGCUGCUCCACCCGUAGCUCCUCCAUGGCAUCGGCGCAGCCCUAUGCCCUUCACCCUCUGGAAGAAGUACACUAUCACACCUCUUACCCUGCUGCCUCCACUUUCACAUGUCCUUCCUAUAUGACUGUCUCCAAUGACCUAGCCUCCAAGAUGGCCCCUCUAGCUAAUGAGGACUCUGACAGUACCCUCACCACACAUAGUGACACGCACUCGUGGGUGAAAGAAGAUGUCGGAAGCUCUUGGUCACCAUAUGAGAUUCGGAGGACUUAUUAAGUCAAUUUGGAAACAACCUGUCCUUCACAGAAAAACUAAACAAUGCUGAUGCAAGCGAUUCAGCUCCUUUUGAUCCAAAUAUUUGACUUUUUGUAGACUUUGCUUAUCGCUUUAUAGAAGUACAAAGUGAAACUUUUACUUAUUUGACCCUCCUAAGUCCCCUGGUGACAUACAGUAAGAGCUGGGCGCCCACUGGUUGCAUCAACGUUGUUUACACGGCAUUUCAAUGAAAUGACCUUAAGCCAACAUGGAAUAGACAUUGAAUUGACAUUUACGAUUCAGUGGUUAGACCUAGAAUGACUUUGCCUGUGUUCAAAUGUUUGAAGUAGAUGUGUUUCUAUACCGUCAUUAUAUUACAAAAACAUCAUUUUUAUUUAUAUACUGCCAUGGCGACAAUUACGAUGAACAUGUGACAACGAUCUUUAUUUUUGCUAAAGGUUGUUUUACUUUAACGUUCUUCUUUACUUAAUAUCAUCUUGUUGUCUGCUUUAAUAACCAAGUCAGAGUUUGUCAAACUGUAUCUGCUUCAUGUUAGCCUUUACUCAAUGACGCUUUGGUAAUGAAUAUGUAUGUUUUUUAAAUCUUUCGCAUCUUUUAGGAUUUUGUUGCAAAACAUUCUUUAGUAGUAAUAGGCAGAGGUGACAACUCAAUGAAAAGUCUUGAAUAUAAUGAAAGACAAUCAGAGAUGCCCAUCUACAGAAUACUUCAAGAAGUGAAUGGGAAUCUACACCUGAAUAUUUUACUUUCAAAGACAAUGCAGUGAUCUGAAUUGGUCAAUGGGUGCAAGUGAUUUACCAUACUCCCAGUUUCCCUGAUUAAUCAAUGCUUCCUUUGUUUGGCGUUUCAUUUCAAGAAAUAAA